AUGAAUUCUCUUGCACGAGAACGUUUGAAUCAACACUAUUGCUUGAACAAACGUGAUUGCUUAGAACUUGUUUACAAUGCGGGCAUUCCAUUGAUGAUUGGUGUGGUGAGUCUUUGGAUAGCUAUUAAUCAACAAAAACUUGAUAAAUCUAAUCAUGCACAAGAUAUUCAAUUAUCCAAUGCUGAGCGCACGCAGGAUAGAGUCAUUGCACGAUUACAGCGUGACGAAGAUCGCGAAACGGCUCGGUUACAACGUGAGGAAGACAAAACGAUGACACGAUUGCAACGAGAGGAAGAUCAACGAACAGCUCGUCUUCAACGUGAAGAAGAUCGCGAAGCUGCUCGACUGCAGCGUCUCGAAGACAAGGAAACAGUUCGAUUACAGCGUGAACUUGAUUUGAAAAUCACCAUUGACAAACGGAUACAAGAUUAUGAACUUGCAGAAUUGCAAAGAAACAUGUCUGAACAACAACGUGCACAAGAAUUAGAAAUUGCACAUCAAAAUCGAAUUAAUGAUCUCCUGUUAGAAGACGGUCGUCAAAAGGAAAAUGUACUUCUAGAAUAUCAAGAUGAUCUGGCGACAUUGUUGUUAGAAUAUGGAUCGUUAUUCAAAGAUCCGAAGAGUAAAUGGUGGUUUAUACUUCAGAUGAAGACUGCUGCAGCACUACGACAGCUUGAUCCUCAACGCCGAACUGUUCUUGUGAAUACACUUUUCGAUGCAGGAAUUCUUGAUUUAGAACGAGAUCGUAGUCAAUCAUUACUUUAUAGGACAAACUUGAGCGGAGUGGAAUUCGGCUAUUUAGUCGGUAAAAUCGACCUUAAUCUCUGUACUAAAUAUGAUUAUCUGAAUGCAGCAGGGGCCGAUCUUCGAUAUGCUUCGUUUCAAGGAGUGUGUCUGUACGAUUCGCCCAUAUUUCAGUUUUCAAAUCUGGAUUAUACUGAUUGGUCUAACAGUAUUAUCACAAAUGCUUACUUUCAAAAUGAUAUCUCUAUGAAUGCGGCCAGAUUCUUCCGAACACAAUUAACUGCAGUUCACUUUGAUAAGACCGUGUUAAUGGAUGGAGUAUCCUUUCAAUACAACGACAUAUGUACUCAUUGUCAAUUCGUUAAAACAGUUCUUCUGAAUUCUCGAAUGGAUCACUCGAACUUUUUAGACUCAAAGUUCGUGCAACUAUCAAUGGUUGGCAGUAAUUUAAGUCACGGGUCAUUCGUUCAGUCAACGUUUCAAAGUGUCACAUUCGAUGGCGUCGAUUUCUCGGGUGCUCAUCUGAACCGAUGUACGUUCUGUGCUGUAUCAAUGUUUUAUUGUUCUCUUUCCGGAACAAUAUUUGAUAGGACGAGAUUGUCGAACGUGAACAUGACUGGAUGCACUGGAUUAACUUCUCAACAAAUUUCCGGAAUAUCUCAUUUCUAUCAAACAACUUUACCCAAUGGAACAUUUAUCAAAGGACAACAGUUUUCUUGUUGA